CCCUGAGUCAAACUUCGACGCAUUGGAUAUACGUUGAAGCACGAUGCGCUCCGGAAUCGUUAUGGACGCUCCUGAUUCACGGCGUUGUUUCAUGAUCCUCGUAACACUCAUUGUUCUCUUAUUAGAGGUUGUAAAAUCACAAGGUUAUCACAGCGAAGAUUUCGAACAUAGGCUACUUCAUGACUUAUUCAGUGGCUACAGCAAAGAAGCCUUGCCCGUAAGGAACAAGUCAGAGGCGAUUGAAGUCAUGUUCGAUAUGGCGUAUAGUCAACUUAUAUACCUGGAUAGCAAAAAUCAAAUACUGUCCAGUAAAGUAUGGUUGAGACAGAUGUGGACUAACCCAUACCUAAAAUGGGAUCCUAAGAAAUAUGGUGGGAUUGAACAUAUCAAUAUUGACCCAAAACUGAUUUGGAAACCAGAUAUCAUCCUUUACAACAAUAUUGGUUUUGGUGAAACAGGUGCAAUAUAUAAUUUUGACACAAAGGCAGUGCUGAAAUACAAUGGUUAUACCGAAUGGUUUGCUCCGACAGAGAUUCACAGUAUCUGCAAGAUUAAUAUUAAUUAUUUCCCAUUUGAUGAGCAGACCUGUCCACUUGUGUUUGGUUCCUGGACUUAUACAGGUAACAAGCUAAACCUUACCAAAAAGCGUGACUCCGCAGAUCUCUCAAAAUACACUGUCAGCGGCGAGUGGGAAUUACUAGAUGCACCUCUGAAGCGCAAUGAGGAACUCUACAGCUGUUGCCCCCAUCCCUUUAUCGACAUCACAUACACAAUCCAUGUCAAACGCAGAGUGCUCUUCUACAUGAUGAACCUCAUCAUUCCGUGCAUUGUCUUGGCGGUCUUGACGGUUUUCUCGUUCUAUCUGCCGCCUGAGUCAGGUGAGCGCAUGGGCCUGGUCAUAACCAUUCUCCUGGGAUUGACCGUGUUCAUGAUGGUUUUCACAGAGAACGUGCCGCGUACCUCGGAGGUGACUCCACUGAUUGGUAAAUACUCGGUUACAGUCCUGGUACAGGUCACGGUUGCCCUAGUUAUCACGUGCUCUAUUCUGAGAGUUUAUCACCGUGAUCCAGAGAGGAAGAUGCCUGCCUGGUUCCGCAAGCUCAUCUUUGAUAUCUUAGGCCCGAUGCUGCUAGCCAUGCCGUCAGAGGAACGAGCCAAGAUGGCACGAGACGACAAGAGCAAGAAUUUCUACGUGACAAAAGUGCAGGGAAAUCCUUACGAAAUCCACCGCAGUCAGAAUCAUCUUGUAGUUUCCAUGCCAAAGAUAGCGAGCCCAAAGAAAGGCGAGACAGAAACUGACAGCAAAUGUUUCCACACGUCACCUUUGGGAUCUAACCUGUCACUCACACCAUCGGACGAGCGAAUGGAAGAAAUCGUUUAUGGCAUGCGUGCUAUCGUUUCUCAUUUGAAAGACACGCAAGAGUCAGAUGCAAAGAUCAAUGACUGGCAUCACGCAGCCGCAGUUCUAGACAUCGCGUUCUUUUGGAUCACGGCCAUUACCAUCUUGGGAUCCACACUGGCGUUUUACUUUAUGAUCCCAAAGUAGCUAGAAGGGGAACCUCCUUGACAGACAAUUUUUUUUUCGAAAGAGUUCUAGCCAUUGGUAAAACGCUAUGAAUGUUCAGUAAACAAAGGUGUAGCUGACAUAUGGAGCUGGAACGUCACUUAAACUUGCAUGGCGUUUACAAUGGCACCAGUUUACUAUGACUGUAUUACCCUGUAUUUGACAGUAUUGAAUCUUGCGUGCUCCAUUGAAAGCAAGAAUGAAUAAUUAUUUAAAAUGUAACAUUUCAAACGCGAGAGACAGAGUUUCAUCGGGAUAUCCAAACACCAAGAAUAGAGUUGAAAAUAUACGACUCGCAGCGAAGUAUUUUUGAAGAGGUGUUGGGAUAACCAAAGAAACACUGUCUCGAGUGUUUGAUAUAUCUACUCAAUCGAAAAAAAAAACACUAAGGAGUAAA